AUGACAGUUGGUGUCCCCUAUGAUUACUUUGUUUUGGUUGGUCCCCUAGGUGUUCCCCAUGAUUACUAUGUUAAGGUUGGUCCCCUAGGUUUGUCCCCUAAGAAGAUUGGAGAAGAUAUUGCCAAAGCUACUCAAGAAUGGAAAGGAUUAAAAGUUACAGUUCAGCUCACUGUACAGAACAGACAGGCAACGGUCUGUGUUGUACCUUCUGCAGCUGCUCUUAUCAUUAGGGCACUCAAGGAGCCUCCUAGGGACAGGAAGAAAGUGAAAAAUAUUAAACACAACGGUAACAUCACCAUGAACGAUAUCUAUGCUGCCGCCAGAGUAAUGCGUCCAAGAUCUUUGGCGAAAGAUUUCUCAGGAACUGUGCGCGAAGUUUUGGGAACAGCGCAGUCCGUUGGCUGCACCAUUGACGGAGAAACACCACAGGAUUUGAUUCAGCAGAUCAAGGAUGGAGAAUACGAAUGUCCAUCAGAAUAGAUAAAUUAAUGAAAUAUAUUUCAAGCAAACCGUUUA